UAAUUAAUAAUAAUAAGUCUCUGUGUCAUGAUCUGGGGGCUGGCAGUCCAAGAAAGCCUGCUACAACGUAUAAAGCUGUGUGUGGAGGAAUGGACUUGUAAUUCCAGCCAAUGCAGGAUGGGAGACAGGCAGAUUCCUGGAAGCUCGGGGACCAGAUAGCAUGACUUAUGUGGCAAAGUUCCAGACCAGUGAGAGACUGUGUCUCAAACAAAAUGUGGAAGGAGCCUACGGUGGUCAGUGUUCAUUGUCAGCUUGACAGGACCUAGCAUUUACUGGGAGAUGGGCUACAGGGUAUGCUUAUAGGAAGGGUUAUUUUGUUUUGUUUUUUGAUACAAGGUCUGUCUCUUUAGGCCUGGCUGACCUGGUACUUGAUAUUAGACUAGGCUGACCUCAAACCCACAGAGGUCUCCCUGCCUCUGCCCCUGGAUUAACCGACGGGGAAGAUCUAUUUAAAUUAAGGACGUACCAUUUCCUGUCCUGGGGAGGAACCUGGACUAUGUAAAAUGGAGAAAGCUAGCUGAACAGUAAGAUGUAUUCAUUGGCUGUUUUCUUAGAGGGUAUAGGAUAUCCUGGAGCUGGAAUUACAGAUGACUGUGAGUCAUCUGAAGUGGUGUUUUCUGAAAGAGCAGGAAGUGCUCUUAACCACUGAGCCACCUCUCCAGACCCUGAUUUCUGCUCUCUAGUUGUACAUGUAAUGAAACCAGCUAUAUCAAGCCUCUCUUACCCUGACUUCUCUGCCUUGCUGGGCUGUAUGCUUGAACUGAGAGCCCAAUAAACCCUUAGCUUGCCUUUUUCAGAGUAUCUUGUCAAAACAACAGAAAAAGAAACCAAGACAGAGCCUAAGGUCAUACACUGAGGCUGCCCUCUGGCACGCACUUGCAUACGGUGUUGGUACAUACAUUCGUUUACACACACACACACACACACACACACACACACACACACACACACACACGGCAUCUCCCUCCAGGGCUUUCCUUAGCUCAGUAGAUGGCCUUUUUCAUGCACUGGUGCUUGGCUAAGUGCUUCGUUUGUGCUGCAACCCACAGGCAGUUGUCAUUAUUGUCCCUGUCUUCCAGAAAGGGCUACUAAGGCACACACACCCUGGACCAAGUUUCAUAUGUGUUUGGUGGCAGAGCCACGGCCCGUACCACCCAGCUUCAGAACCUGAGCUCAGGCUGUGACCUCUUCCCCAGGGGUGGCGGAGCAGCACUGACUGCUCUCUGCCUUUGCCCGGGGCGUGCCCCACCGAUGACCUUCUCAAUCUUCCCGUGAUUCCUGUGUGGAGUGCCCAGGAGCCUCUCUGUUGGCAAGCUGGAGCUGCUUGGUGGAGGCAAGGCUGAGUGCCCCUGACCUCUGGGCUGAGUCAUGACUUUGGAGGGUGAGAAUCCGGUGUGCCUCGGUUUGUCCUGAAGCCCUCCUAGACGCCCUCCUAGACGAGGGUCAGUUCUGAAGCCAGGGCUUCUCUGUCGUGGUAUGAAGUGCUCAUGAUCCCUGGUGCUGGUAGGGCUAAUGUGACGUGCAGAUAUCUGAGGCAGGGCAGCCCCUUUCUCUUUCUGUUCCUUUUCCUCACAGGUCACUUGUCCCAGAAGAGAAGUUCACACACUCAUGACAGCUGAAGGCAGAGAAUCUACAGCUGGCUGUUAACCCCCGAGCUGGACCCACACUUUCCUGCCAGAAGUUACAUACUUAAGAUGGAGAAGUGAGGUCCUGAAAAGGAAAGACACCUUAUGAAAGCCAGCAAGCCUGGUUGGAGCUGCUGCGGUUAUUGGCCAUAUACCAAGAGCCCCAAGCUCAUGGGGGAGUCUGGGAGAUUGUAAGAGGUAAUGUGUGUAAAGAGCUUAGCACAGAUUUGGCUGGAGCAGAACAGAGUAAACAUUAAUUUACCAAGAGGCAUAAGAAUGGGAUCAGGAUCCACCCACAUGGAAUCUCAAUUGGGUUAUUUUUUUGAUUUUGAGAUCUCUGGCUGGUCGAGCUGCUUUGCCUAUCUAAGCCUCUUGUUCCCCAGCGAAGAGAGGAUAAUAAUAGCUACCUGGAAGAGCCGAUAGGAGGAUGGAGAUAAAGGAUGUAAUGUGUCUGGCCUGCGGGGCCCUGCCCCACAGCAUCAUGAUGGGAAAACUCCCUCUCGGGGUUGUCUCUCCUUAUGUGAAGAUGAGUUCGGGGGGGUGCUCUGACCCUCUGAAGUUUUAUGCUACCAGCUACUGCACAGCCUAUGGUCGGGAGGAGUUCAAGCCCCGAAUGGGGAGCCACGUAGGCACAGGCUACAAGUCCAACUAUCGGCCCCUGGUCUCCUACCAGCCCCACCUGGACACCCUGGAGAAUCCAGCCGUGGGGGAACAAAUCCGGGACACUUCCAAGUCUGUGACCAGUCAGAGCUACUCUCCCCUAGAAGUGCCCGAUGGCAAGCACUCCCUGCCCUGGAACCUGUACCAGACCACCUCUGGCUAUGGGCGAGAGAAGCUCAAUUCGGGGCCGCUCUCCAAGGAGGUGAGGAAGGUCCACUUCGACACCCAGGAUCACGGGCCUCAGACCAUCACAGGGCUGGAGCCCAAGGAGGUUCCCCUGCUCCACCAGCAGCAGGGCAAGGGCUCUAUGGAGUGGGAGAACUCGCACUAUGGCCCACGCUUCAUGACUUCUGAGUACAAUUCCAAGUAUAUCAAGGAGACUCCAAACCACCCAGAUCUCUUGCUCAAGAAGACAAUCGGUUCCAAAGAAGAAACUGGGUUCACUGAAGAGUCUACCAAGAAUCCCAUCGUCUUCCAGCCACCCUCACAGGCGUUUCCCGGGGACCCUAUCCUCCAGCCAGGACGGAGUGUCACCAAGUCAGACUACCUCCCAAUAAGUCACCCUCAGGGAAGUGAGUUUCUGCCUGUGCUGGCCAGAGGCUCUGAUCGAGACACAGGAUACAGCCGAGUGAAUGAAAGGACCUUGAACCCCAGAAUGCCUACUCCAAGUCCACAGCCCACCAGCAUGAGCCACAGGUCCUACCAGCCACCCCAGCGGAUGCAACAGACUAAUGUUGCCCUGCUUGGCAGGGAGUCUGUGGGGAACAAGGAGCCCACAGGAUUCACGAUUAACAACCCCAGCUAUGUCCGGGGCUCCUAUGAGUCUGACAGAGAUCAGCGGUACCUGACUACCUACAACCAAGGGUACUUUGAGAACAUCCCCAAGGGGCUGGACCGAGAAGGCUGGACUCGAGGCGGCAUCCAGCCCCAGAAAGCAGGAGGCUACGCCCUCAAUGAGCCGGUUACCCGCAUGGAUGCCACCCCCAACCCCACGGAGACCCUGCGGCACCUGCACCCCCAUGUUGCAAGAACCUUGACUUCAGUUGACCCCUACUACCGAGACAUACCUCAUAGCAACCGCUACACGGCUUCCAGUUGAAUCUGGAGGGGUUUGUCGUGAUGGGGCAAGCUGCUUUCCCUGUGGUCCCCAAGAUCCCCCCAGUUACUUUCCUAAGGAAAUAAAGAACACUGAAUCAGCACAGAA